AUGGUCGAUGAGACCGCGGGUCUCCGUCCACUUUCACCCGCUCGGGUCGGGAGGGUCAACUGGCAGAUAGCCCACUGCGACUACGUCACCCACUUUAAUAAAAGGCCAGAGCACCUUGCGGGAUAUCGAGGACAAGCCGCCUCACACAGCACUGUUUCUACUCACAACAGGGCAUGUGUUGCAGUAAACAGUGAUUCCGUUUCGUCGCUCAUCGCCCUCCCUGUCGCACAUUCACACGGUGCCAACAUAUGGAAGGAAAGUUUUAGUAACCUUUUCAAGUGGACGUAUCGUAUCUGUUUCGAGGAAUUCCCUUCUUCCUCUUUCGAACACCUGAUUCCGGAAACUUCCUGCGCUCUGUUGGGAAUAUUGGCAGAGUCAUCAUCAAGCUACGCAGCCUUGGCGUUUUCUCGACUUCACACCACCCUCACCACAUUCAACAAGGAAUCGAUUAUGCAAAGACCGACCGACAUCGGCAACCUGCUACACAACGCCCCCGGACUUUGA